GGACCGCCGUUAUGGUGACGCCCGGAGAUGAGAGGGAGCAGGAACGCGGUUAUGGGGACACGGAGAUGCCGGGGAAUCUGUGGAUGGCGUGACCUGUGGCUACUGGAUGCUGAGGGUCUAUGGCUAGCAGGGACACCCGUGGAUGCUGAGGGGCAGAUAUUCGUGAAGGAAUUCAGCGGGAAGGUGUUCCUGGAGUGUGUGAGGAGCCAAGGCAAGAACAUCACAUGGUGGAGAGAUGGGAGCCCUGUUGGGCACGAGGCACAGCUGGACCUGAGCGGGGUUUAUGAUGACCCCAGGGGCCUCUACACGUGUGAGACAGAAGGCCGGAGGAGCAGCCUCCAGGUGCACUACCGCAUGUGCCAGAACUGCAUCGAGGUGGACGCUCCCACCAUCUCGGGCAUCGUCGUCGCCGACCUGGUGGCCACGCUGCUCCUGGCAGUGGCCGUGUACUGCAUCAGUGGCCAUGACAGGGGACACACCUCGCGAGCCUCUGACAAGCAGAACCUGAUCUCCAACGAGCUCUACCAGCCCCUGGGAGAGCGGGAGGAGGAUCAGUACAGCAGGCUGGCUCCCGCCCGUGCGCGCAGGUGAGGAGGAAGACUCUGGGACUGCCUUCAUCAGCGUGCUGGCUUUGCUUGGGGGUCCCUCCAGGGUGGGCUGCUUGCAGCCCUGUGCUCAUUGCACACCUCUUGCACUUCUGUAUUAAUGCCA